UUACCACGGAUGCUCCAUUUGACGUCCAGGUGAAUCGGGUUGGUGAUCUGGAGGACCAGCUCAGUGUCCGUUGGAGCUCCCCGCCUGCAUUGAGAGACUUCCUCUUUCAGGCCAAGUAUCAGAUCCGUUAUCGUGUGGAGGACAGCACUGAGUGGAAGGUUGUGGAUGACAUUGGAAACCAGACCCUGUGCCGGCUGGCAGGGCUGCGACCGGGCACUGUGUAUUUUGUCCAGGUGCGAUGUAACCCUGUUGGCAUUUACGGUUCAAGGAAAGCUGGGAUUUGGAGUGAAUGGAGCAUCCCCACAGCUGCCUCCACCCCCCGGAAUGAGAGAUCCGGUGGUACGUGCUACCAGAAGAGUGGGGAGAGCAGCUCCAAUCUGCGGCGUGAGCUCAAGCAGUUUUUCGGCUGGGUUAAGAAACAUGCCUACGGCUGCGCUGCUCUGAACAUCAAACUAUACGACCAAUGGCGUGUUUGGCUGCAGAAAUCGCACAAGACACGGAACCAGCCAUCAUUGACUCUUCCGCCCUUUCUCUUCUCCCAGAACCAAGAAGUCGCCGUUUUCAUUGGACUGCAGGAAGGUGAGUCAGAUUAAGCUGGUAAGUGAGUGAUUACUAUAACAAAUCAGUUAAGAGAGAGUGAGCACAACACUGUUGAGAGAAAUCAGAGAUAACGUUUCAGGUUCAGUGACACUUUCUCGGAACCUAAUAUUUCCCGCAGGCCAAUGCUCUUUCCCAUAGCUCAGCAAAUAUUUCUCCAAAUCCCCUUUGAAAAUGACGAUUGAAUCUGCUUCCUCUAGGGCAGCACGUUCCAGAUUUACUUGCUGAAUAGAAAUAGUUCUCCCAUACCUCCCUAAUUCCUGCUGUUCUUUUGCAAAUUCUCUUAAACCUGCACUCCCUCUAGUUACUGACCUUCUUCUCUCUGAAAUGAGUUCCUUUUUAUUUAUUCUACUUGAACCCUUCAUGAUUUUGAACACAUCCAUUAAAUCACAUUUUAAACUUCUUCAAUCCAGAAACAUUGAAAAUAGGAGCAGGAGAUUAUUCAGCCCAUCAAGCUCUCUCUGCCAUUCAACAUGAUCCUUUGUCUCAACAUCACAAUUCUGCACUCACCCCAUAACGCUUGACACCCAAUUUCUUCUCAUCAAUCCACGAACCUUUCCUCCUGACCCUUAGAAAGGGAUAAAUAAUACUCCUGUCUUCAGUCAUAGAACAGAAUCCCUACAGCGUGGAAGCAGGCCAUUCGGCCCACUGAGUCUAGAUUGACUGUCCGAAGAG